UGUGAGCAGUUCAGAGGAACUAGAAGUGAAAUGGCCCAAAGGAUGGAGUACUUAGUUAAAGGACUAGCAGUGGUUUUUCUGACCUUAUUUGUGGUCCAAACAAUGUCGGACUGCAAUGUCUGUCAGUCGAAUAAGGUAGCCUGCAUAAACUCCACCUCCUUUUAUCUCUGCUUUGGCGAUGCCACCCCUCAUCGGGAUCAGCUGUACCAUUGCCUGGAUGGCUUCGACUGCACAAAUCUAACGGCCAUAUGUGUCCAGAAGAGCAGUCAGCGGCCUCCAAGCUGCGGUGACACCUCGCAGUGUGGCCAGUGCAGUGCCAGUAGCAACUACUUGUUCGCCUGCCAGAGCCGCGGCAUCUUUCAGAUGUGCUACGGAGCCACCAGGCCCGCUGGAAAGUUCGGCUACUGCCCCUCGGGCAAGGUUUGCGAUGCCAGCAGCACCGCCAUCUGUGUGGACGAGGAGAAAAGCCAAACCGUCACCUGUGACAUCAGCGAUGAGCUAGUGGACACCACCACUGCCUCCACAGCAGUAACCACUGAGAGCAGCACGGACUCCACUACUGAUAGUAGCACAGAGAGCACCACUGAGGAGUCCACCACGGUGGCUGCUCUGACUCCCGCCCAGAUGUGCUCUCAAAGGAAAGUGAGCGGGCUUUUUCCCACAAUUCCCACGGAUCCCUACUGUCAGCGCUACAUUAGUUGCUACUUUAAAAAUACCACGCUUAUCAGAUCUGAGGAAUUCAACUGCCCGGAGAAAUCCUUCUUCGUUUCCCAAACGCAGAGCUGCGUCUACGUGAAUCCCGGCUACUGUAUUCAGAGUUAA